CACCCCACGUUGGCCGUUUCCUUCCCUGGUGGGGCCAGGCCGCCCAGCCGCCAUGCAGACAUGCUGGCCCCGCUGCUGCUGGCCCUGCUGUGGGGGGGGUCCCUGCAGGACACACGGGCCCAGCUGCAGGCGACGGUACAAGAGGGCCUGUGCGUCCUCGUGUCCUGCUCCUUCUCCUACCCGCCCCGGACUUCGAGGCCCCCCUCUGACCCGCUCUACCUCUACUGGUUCCGCGAUGGGGACAGCGUGUACUACGAUGACCCUGUGGCCACAAACAACCCACGCAGAGACGUGAAGACACACGCCAAGGGCCGAUUCCUCGUCCCUGGGGACGUCAGGAGCAGAGACUGCUCCCUGAGCAUCAGAGACGCCAAGAGAGAGGACACAGGGACCUACUUCUUCCAAGUGGAGAGUGGCGAUCGUGUGAAAUACAGUUACGAAAGCAGUAAGCUGAAUCUGCUGGUGACAGCCCUGACGGAGAGACCCCACAUCCACGGCCCGGAGCCUCUGCGGUCCGGCCGCCCCACGGAGCUGAGCUGCGGCCUGCCAGGGUCCUGCGAGGGGGGCCGGCCUCUCAGCUUCUCCUGGUCGGGGGCGGCCCUCCACGCCCUGGACCCCGACAGCCUCCACUCCUCGGCAGUCACCCUCACCCCCAGGCCCCAGGACCACGGCACCAACCUCACCUGCCAGGUGAAACUCCAGGGAACGCGUGUGACCACAGAGAGAACUGUCCAGCUCAACGUCUCCUAUGCCCCACAGAACCUCACCGUCACCGUCGGCAUCUUCAGAAAUGGCACAGCCCUGGAGAUCCUGCAAAACACGUCGUCCCUCGUGGUCCUGGAGGGCCAGGCUCUGCGGCUGCUCUGCACCGCCGCUGACAGCAGCCCCCCUGCCCGCCUGAGCUGGUUCCAGGGGACCCCAGCCCCCAACGCCACGCCCCUCUCCAACACCCGGAUCCUGGAGCUGCCCCCAGUGUCUGCAGAAGGAGGAGAAUUCACCUGCCUCGCCCAGCACCCCCUGGGCUCCCUGAACGUCUCGCUGAGCCUCUCUGUGCACUACCCCCCGCAGCUGCUGGGCCCCUCCUGCUCCUGGGAGGCCGAGGGGCUGCGCUGCAGCUGCUGCUCCCGCGCCCAGCCCGCCCCCUCCCUGCGCUGGCGGCUGGGGGAGGGGCUGCAGGAGGGGACAGGCAGCCAGGGCUCCUUCAGGGACACCCCCAGUGCAGCCGGGCCCUGGGCCAACAGCUCCCUGAGCCUCCCAGGGGGGCUCAGCUCCGGCCUCAGGCUCAGCUGCGAGGCCCGGAAUGUCCACGGGACGCGGAGCGGCACCGUCCUGCUGCUGCCAGGGAAAUCGGUCUGGGGGGCUGGAGUGGUUCCCGCGGCCCUUGCGGGUGCCGGCGCCAUGGCCGCAUUCUCUGUCUGUGUGUGCCUCGUCUUCCUCUGCAGCGUGAAGGCCCGCAGGAAGCGAGCAGCCAGGAGACCAGAGGGAAGGGAUGAUGACCCUGUUAUGGGUACAGUUGCCUGGGGUUCCAGGCAAAAGCCCCGGCCAGACAGCCCUCCAGACCAGGAGUCCCCUGCGAGGGACACCUGCCCCUCGGGAGCGCAGGAGCUCUAUUACGCCUCCCUCAGCUUUCCGGAGGCGAAGGCGAGGGAGCCUCAGGAGCAGAAGGCCAGACGCACCACAGAGUACUCAGAGGUCAAGACGAGCAAGCGAGGACUCGCCCAGAACUCAGUCCUGGCAGGAGGAACCACAGCCGGUCUGGGGGACGGGACCAGUUAGGGUCCUGUGUUGAGGCACCAAGAGCGCUUGUGACAAUACUGAUAUUGACUGCUGUGUGAGUGUUCCCAGGUACAGCAGAACAAAGACGGUGCACGGAAUUACAGCGAUGGGCUCAAACUCAGGCUCCAGCACUUUCUAAGGCAUUGUUAUCAAGCAAUUCACUUCCUCUCUCUGGGCCUCCAUUUCCCGUCCUAUAAAUCAGAGAUUAUCUGUCUUACCUGAAAGUUUGUUGUCAACAUUAAAGAAAUCAACACGUGGAAAUCAACCAACACAGGUCCUGGCACGUGGUGGGUGUUCA